UGAGCUGAAGCCAGCCUUUCCCGUCUCCGGCUCCGGUGCGACUGCGCCGUGAAGCCGCUGGCGGCGAUUGGCCCAGGGGGUGAGAGGGGGCGGGAGGUAAAGAGAGGGAAGUCCACCGUCCUCUGCGCGCGCCCACCCGCCCGCGGCAGGGGAACCAAGGGGGCUGGAGAGGAAGCAGCUCCCUGCUGCGUUGUUUUGGGCUCCGAGGGCCGAAAGGGGGAGGGAGGAAGGGCGAGAAACAAACACUACGUAGCGGAGGCUGCGUGCGGCCUUCUGCCUGCGUGCCUACGUGCGUGCGCUCGCUCGCGCGGGCUCAGUGCUGGCGCGUGAGGCGGAGGCGGGCGGCGGCGGCGCCUGCGCGGUCGGGCUCGGUCGACGGCUCUCAGGGGAGGAGGCGGCGGGAGGCGGAGGAGGCGGCGGCGGCGAUGGAGGUGAAGCGGCUGAAAGUGACCGAGCUGCGGUCGGAGCUGCAGCGGCGCGGCCUGGACUCGCGCGGCCUCAAGGUGGAUCUGGCGCAGCGGCUGCAGGAGGCGCUGGACGCCGAGAUGCUCGAGGACGAGGCCGGCGGUGGCGGGGCCGGGCCCGGCGGGGCCUGCAAGGCGGAGCCUCGGCCUGUGGCCGCGUUGGGCGGCGGCCCGGGCGGGGACGAGGAGGAGGACGAAGAGGAGGAGGAGGAGGACGAGGAGGCGCUGCUUGAGGACGAAGACGAAGAGCCACCCCCUGCCGAGGCCUCGGGCCAGGCCGCACAGCCGCCGCCGGAGCCCCCGGAGGCGGCAGCCGUGGAGGCCGCGGCCGAGCCCGAUGCUUCCGAGAAACCAGCGGAGGAGGCCACAGCCGAGUCAGGUGGGGUGAACGGUGGCGAAGAGCAGGGCACCGACAAGGGGGAGGAAGAUGAGCCGGAGGAUCGGAGCGGAGACGAGACGCCGGGAUCCGAGGCGCCGGGUGACAAGGCCGCAGAGGAACAGGGAGAUGACCAAGAUAGUGAAAAGUCAAAACCGGCAGGCUCAGAUGGUGAGCGGCGGGGGGUAAAGAGACAGCGGGAUGAGAAGGAUGAACAUGGCCGAGCUUACUAUGAAUUCCGAGAGGAGGCUUACCACAGCCGUUCAAAGUCUCCACCACCCCCGGAAGAAGAGGCAAAAGAUGAGGAAGAGGAUCAGACUCUUGUGAACCUGGACACGUAUACCUCGGAUCUCCAUUUUCAAGUGAGCAAAGACCGCUAUGGAGGGCAGCCGCUUUUCUCAGAGAAGUUCCCCACCCUUUGGUCCGGGGCAAGAAGUACUUAUGGAGUGACAAAGGGGAAAGUCUGCUUUGAGGCCAAGGUAACCCAGAAUCUCCCAAUGAAAGAAGGCUGCACAGAGGUUUCUCUCCUUCGAGUUGGAUGGUCUGUUGAUUUUUCCCAUCCACAGCUUGGUGAGGAUGAAUUCUCGUAUGGUUUCGAUGGACGAGGACUCAAGGCAGAGAAUGGGCGGUUUGAGGAAUUUGGCCAGACUUUUGGGGAGAGUGAUGUCAUUGGCUGCUUUGCUAAUUUUGAGGCUGAAGAAGUAGAACUUUCCUUUUCCAAGAAUGGAGAAGACCUUGGCGUGGCAUUCCGUAUCAACAAGGAAUCCCUGGCUGACCGGGCCCUCCUACCCCAUGUCCUCUGCAAAAAUUGUGUUGUAGAAUUAAAUUUUGGUCAGAAGGAGGAGCCCUUCUUCCCACCGCCAGAAGAGUUUGUGUUCAUCCAUGCUGUGCCUGUGGAGGAGCGCGUGCGCACUGCGGUCCCUCCCAAGACCAUAGAGGAGUGUGAGGUGAUUCUGAUGGUGGGACUGCCUGGAUCUGGAAAGACCCAGUGGGCACUGAAAUACGCAAAAGAAAACCCUGAGAAAAGAUACAAUGUCCUGGGAGCUGAGACUGUGCUCAAUCAAAUGAGGAUGAAGGGGCUCGAGGAGCCACAGAUGGACCCCAAAAGCCGAGACCUUUUAGUUCAGCAAGCCUCCCAGUGCCUUAGUAAGCUGGUCCAGAUUGCUUCCCGGACAAAGAGGAACUUCAUUCUUGAUCAGUGUAACGUGUACAACUCUGGCCAACGGCGGAAGCUAUUGCUGUUUAAGACUUUCUCUCGGAAAGUGGUGGUGGUCGUCCCUAAUGAGGAGGACUGGAAGAAGAGGCUGGAGCUAAGGAAGGAAGUGGAGGGAGAUGAUGUGCCUGAGUCUAUAAUGCUGGAGAUGAAAGCCAACUUCUCUCUGCCUGAAAAAUGCGACUAUAUGGAUGAGGUGACAUACGGGGAGCUGGAGAAGGAGGAAGCUCAGCCCAUUGUCACUAAGUACAGGGAGGAGGCAAGGAAGCUGCUGCCGCCCUCCGAGAAGCGGACAAACCGCCGAAACAAUCGAAACAAGCGAAACCGGCAGAACCGAAGCAGAGGCCAAGGCUACGUGGGCGGGCAGCGCCGAGGCUACGACAACCGGGCCUACGGGCAGCAGUACUGGGGGCAGUCUGGAAACAGAGGGGGUUACCGUAACUUCUACGAUCGAUACAGGGGAGACUACGAUCGGUUCUAUGGGCGAGAUUAUGAGUACAACAGAUACAGAGACUAUUACAGACAAUACAGUCGGGAUUGGCAGAAUUACUACUACCACCAUCCCCAGGACAGAGACCGAUACUACAGGAACUACUACGGUUACCAAGGGUAUCGGUGAAGCCCCUGCCAUUGUCGCCUGUCAGCCAUGAAGCUGAAUCUCUGGGGGUGCCAAGCACCCCCCAAAACACAACCAAGGAAAACAGGGGCUGCCGGGGUGGGGCUGAGCUGCCGGGGAGGGGCGGUGGGGGGAGGGUGCGCAAGCGGGGGGGGGGGGGGGUGGAAACAAACAACAAAACUGUACAUUUUUUUUUAAAGUUUGUUGAAAAGAAUAUUGUCUUAUUCUAUAAAACAUUUCAAACCUAGUUAGAUAUUUGUAAUCGAAAAACCAUUUGCUCAGAAAGCAGCACUUAGGGCUGCCUGUCCUAUACCCUGCAGUCAGACAGGAAAAGAACUGAAAAUGUCACCCUUCUGACAUUCUGAGGCAGCUGGACUGGCAGCCAAGUAAGGGAGAGUGAUGGCGAGGUAGUGCGGAGCGGGUGGGGAGGCGUGUGAGGGCACUCUCCAUACAGGCAGGAGCGGGGACAGAGGGAGAGCUUGUGACUGGGGCAGUGAAAAUAAACGAUCAGCUCUUAUCAAUCACUUGCACCAACUAACCGUUUGUAUUUUCUUUACCGACCUUUCCCUCUUGGGAUAUCUGGUCUGGUGGGCUGGGAGGCCAUAGUGUCCCUGUCUCCACGUUCCUGUGCCUUUGUGCUGUUUGGCUGAGGCAUGGAGACCACCAGUUGGGCGGUUCUGUUAUAGGAUCCCCACACCAAGGAGGCGUGGGGACUGUUCCUGAUUGCAGAGCAGAAUAGCUUGCAGCCUCUCUGUGUCUGUUAAUGGAUUUCCGUAAAAUCCGGGGGAAGAGUUGGGGUUGCAGCCCUCAGCCUGAAGACUGUGAUUUGCCAGUCUCUACUCUCUGUCUUCCAAGGUUGAGACAGGUGGGAAGUCUCUGAAAUCAUCUCUGUUAGAGAAUCUGUCCUCUUAUAGUUCAAGAGAAGGAACGUUUCUCAGGGUUUCAGCUCACACAGAAACGAAGCAGGAUUCUUUUCACUGCAGCAGGAUAUGUAUAUAGGUGAAUCCUGUGGUGUGGGCUACCAGGCCCAGGCGCUGAGAAUAGCAGCUAUUUUCUACAGUGUGGAGGGCCGGGGCCCUGCUGGCUUUUUUGAUACACAGAUAGAGAGUGAAUAGAAAAGGGGAGGGUGGGGGGUGGGAGGCAGCUCCGUGGGGCUGCUGGAACUUGGGAAGAGCAUGAAUGUGAGCGUGUGCAGCGUGUGCAUGAAAGAGAGCACCCCUUCCCGACUUGCUGAAACAGGAUUCCUCCUGGGGUGCCUUCCCUGUGUGUCCCAGAGAGGCCUCUAGCCAAGAGACUUCAGUCGGGAGAGUUAUUGUUUUGUAACUUUACCAGCACCCUCCCAGUUCUUGACAGACAGCUUCAGUUUGUGGGUUCAAGAAUACAGGUGGAUUAUGGGAAUGCUCUUUCAAUACUGAGCUUCAGUUUUCAUUCACCUUCCUGCUCAGCAUUGUGUCAGCCAAGAGCUUACUCAGCGAACACCACACAUUGCUGCACUUCCUGGCGAGGGGAGCCCUGGGUUGUGCUACUAGAAGGUACUUCACUUCCAUUUCCUUAGCUGGGCAGUCCUCUGUUGAAAAUUUUGUGCUGAGAUUUGACCUCUCUCCCCCUCUCCCACGGUUACUGCCGUGCCCAGGAGGGUGCGCAGGCCCUCGUCCUGGCCCUCUAGUCGCCCUUCUGCUCCACAAGGACCUCUGACCCGGAGGCUGGAAUGGGGGCUGGUAGGCAAUACGUUUGCUUGCUCAAAAUGAUGUCCUUUCUCUGGGCACCUGCUUUUUCUGUGGUGCCGUCAAAUGGAUUUGUGUGUGGCAGUGGGUGAAGUGAUUGCAUGAAUUUUUCUGUAACCCACUAACUUUUUAUUAUCAUUAAGGGGAGUUUUUGAGAAAGUUUUGCUCAUAGUGUCAGGGAGGUAAAAAGGAGGAGGUAGAAACUGGAGCCCAAAGAGAUUCCCUUAGGGCAAGAUUAUAACAGAAAAUUGACUCUGAGGCAGAAGCUGCCACCCCUAUUCAAACGUUUAGUUCUCCAGCAAAUAGCAUCUUUUUAUAGUCUACAACACAGUUCGGGGAUGCUAGGCCCUCAGGACCAGGGGGACAAAGCUUAAGCCGCUUUGGGUUUUUUUGGGGGGAGGGGAGGUACUUGCUGUUAAUUUUUGACACUAGAAAGUCAUUUUUUUUAAAAAAAAAGCUUUUUCUAGGUGGGUGGAGAGUGAAACUGCCACGUCCUUGUCGGUUUGGUCCAAGAGAUCACUCGCAACAACAGUAGAUGUCUGGGUUUUGUUUCUGUCUUUUUUUAUUAUGAAAAAACAAUGUUAAGGGGGAAAAUGUGGAUUAACAGGCGGGAUCCCUACCCUUGUUUUCCUUAGAAGACUUGUUUAGUGUUUUAUCAGACGUCUGUUGUAGUUGUAGAUGGAAAAGCUUGUGAGAAAAACAAACACCACAUGGAGCCUGUAAAUGUUAUUGCACAACCUGUAAAGCAUUCUUGGAAGUGGCCAGUAAAAAAGGGUUUUACCAUUUAAAAAAAAUGUAACUGUGUCAUUGUUUACAUCUGUAACUUUUUCCUCCCCUGUUCUCAUUACAACAUUAUGGCAAAAAUGUAGGCACGGUAGCUUCCAGUUUUAGAAUAAAUAACCAUUUGGAUUGAA